CCUUACUGGCAGACCUGGAAUCUACCACCUCACAUAUCUCCAAACGACCGGUGUUUCUAACAGAAGAAACACCUUACUCCUAUCCAACUGGAAACCACACGUACCAGGAGAUUGCUGUGCCACCUCCAGUGCCGCCACCACCUUCCAAUGAGGCCCUGAAUGGCACUGUGAUUGACCCCUUAGAUCAGUGGCAACCCAACGUAUCCAGAUACGUCCACCAGCAACCUCAGUCCCAGUCUCCUAUAUACAGCUCUAGUGCCAAAAGCUCCAGUGCCUCUGUUUCUAGAGACGGGCUCAGCUCUCCUUCUCCCCGUGCCAGUGAAGAAGAACACGUCUACAGUUUCCCAAACAAGCAGAAGUCUGCAGAGCCAUCUCCCACAAUGACCAGCUCCUCUCUGGGCAGCAACCUCUCAGAACUGGACAGACUUCUUCUGGAACUCAAUGCUGUUCAACAUAAUCCCACCAGUGGCUUCCCAGCAGAUGAAGCCAGCAGAACCCCAUCGCUGCCCAGCAUGACUGGACCUCACUAUGUUAUCCCAGAGAGUAGCAGCUCUGUGGGAGGGAAGGCUGCACCCCCUACAAAAGAAAAGCCAAAACGAAAUGGUGCACGCGGGAUUGAAGAUGUGCGUCCCAGUGUGGAGAGCCUGCUGGAUGAGCUGGAGAGCUCUGUGCCAAGUCCAGUCCCUGCAAUCACUGUGAGCCAAGGUGAGGUGAGCAGCCCCCAGCGGGUCACUGCCAGUCAGCAGCAGACCCGUAUAUCUGCUUCUUCAGCUACACGAGAACUGGAUGAGCUGAUGGCAUCUCUCUCUGACUUUAAGUUCAUGGCACAGGGGAAAGCCGGGAGCAGCUCCCCUCCAUCCACAGCCUCCAAGCCUGGCAGUCAGCUGGACACCAUGCUGGGAAGUCUCCAGUCUGACCUGAACAAACUGGGUGUAGCUACAGUUGCCAAAGGUGUCUGUGGAGCCUGCAAGAAGCCUAUUGCAGGACAGGUAGUUACAGCCAUGGGGAAAACCUGGCACCCUGAGCACUUCGUCUGCACCCACUGCCAGGAGGAGAUCGGGUCACGGAACUUCUUUGAGCGGGAUGGUCAGCCCUACUGCGAGAAGGACUAUCACAACCUCUUCUCCCCUCGCUGCUACUACUGCAAUGGGCCGAUCCUUGAUAAAGUGGUGACAGCCUUGGACAGGACAUGGCACCCUGAACACUUCUUCUGUGCCCAAUGUGGAGCUUUCUUCGGACCUGAAGGAUUUCAUGAGAAGGAUGGCAAAGCCUAUUGCCGCAAGGACUACUUUGACAUGUUUGCUCCCAAGUGUGGAGGCUGUGCCCGGGCUAUCCUGGAAAACUACAUCUCUGCCUUGAACACCCUGUGGCACCCUGAAUGCUUUGUCUGUCGGGAAUGUUUCACACCAUUCAUCAAUGGCAGCUUCUUUGAGCAUGACGGGCAGCCCUACUGUGAGGUGCAUUACCACGAGCGUCGCGGCUCGCUCUGCUCCGGUUGCCAGAAGCCUAUCACAGGACGCUGCAUCACUGCUAUGGGCAAGAAAUUUCACCCCGAACACUUUGUCUGUGCCUUCUGCCUCAAGCAGCUCAACAAAGGAACCUUCAAGGAACAGAACGACAAGCCCUACUGCCAGAACUGCUUUCUCAAGCUCUUCUGUUAGAGGAUCAUAGAUGGGCGCUAAGCAUCUUUCUGCCACCCCCUUGGCAGUUCUGUCUCUCUGAACAUUACUGUGAUUUAGAAACCUUACCAGGCAGGGGAGGAGGGUGGGGUGGGGUGGGAGUGCUUUCUGCUGCUAUGGAGAGGCAGUAGAUCCAGAGACGGACCAUUAAACUGGAAAUGCCCUUGCUGUGUCUCAGUAGAGAGAGGCCGAGUCCCCUCAUUAUGGUGUGCGUGUCUGUGUGUGACUGACGCUGAGCUUAGCUCAAGGGCUCCAACAGGGAGGUUUUACUCAGCCCCGUCCUGGCAGGAGGAGCCUUUGCCAGUAGUUUCAGUGUCAGCUCCCUGAGCGAAUCGUGACACUUGCAGACAACGUGGCCCUCU